ACUCCUCCCCCUCUAUUCCUGCCCGGUGGUUUGGUCCGACCCAAUUCUACUGACAGGAGAGACAAACCGCGUCGGCGCAGAAAGCUGUUGGGGGGGUGGGGGGGAGGAACAUGGCGCAAGCUCUGUCUGAAGAGGAGUUUCAGCGGAUGCAGGCUCAGCUACUAGAACUCCGGACAAACAACUACCAGCUUUCAGAUGAACUACGCAAGAAUGGUGUUGAACUCACCAGUCUUCGACAGAAGGUUGCCUACCUGGAUAAGGAGUUCAGCAAAGCUCAGAAGGCACUGAGCAAGAGCAAGAAAGCUCAGGAAGUCGAGGGGCUGCUGAGUGAAAAUGAGAUGCUUCAGGCAAAGCUGCAUAGCCAGGAGGAGGACUUCCGCUUGCAGAACAGCACGCUUAUGGCCGAGUUCAGCAAGCUCUGCAGCCAGAUGGAACAGCUGGAGCGGGAGAACCAGCAACUGAAGGCUGGGGCUGCCAGGGCAGGGGCUGCCCAAGCUGGGAGCCUUGUGGAUGGGGAGCUACUGAGACUGCAGGCGGAGAACACAGCCUUGCAGAAGAACGUGGCAGCCCUGCAGGAGCGCUAUGGGAAAGAGGCUGGCAGGUCCCCAGCUGCCUGUGAGGGUGAAGGGGACCCCCCAGGGGUCUCAACUUCCCCUAUCAUGGCCCCCAUGCCAUUGGCAGAAGUGGAGCUGAAAUGGGAAAUGGAGAAGGAAGAAAAGAGAUUGCUCUGGGAGCAACUGCAAGGCUUGGAGACCUUGAAGCAGGCUGAAACAUCCAGGCUGCAGGAAGAACUUGCUAAGCUCUCCGAGAAACUGAAAAAGAAACAAGAAAGUUUUUGCCGUCUGCAGACAGAAAAGGAGACACUAUUCAAUGACAGCCGGAACAAGAUUGAGGAGUUACAACAGCGGAAGGAGGCUGAUCUCAAAGCCCAGUUGGCUCGAACUCAAAAGCUGCAGCAGGAACUCGAGGCUGCCAAUCAGAGCUUGGCAGAGCUGAGAGAUCAGCGGCAAGGGGAGCGCCUGGAGCAUGCAGCAGCUCUGCGAGCCCUACAGGAUCAGGUGUCCCUUCAGAGUGCAGAUGCGCAGGAACAAGUGGAAGGACUUUUGACUGAGAAUAAUGCUCUGAGAACUAGCCUGGCUGCCCUGGAGCAGAUCCAAACAGCAAAGACCCAAGAACUGAAUAUGCUCCGGGAACAAACUGCUGGACUGACAGCUGAGUUGCAGCAGCGGCAGACUCAGUAUGAGGACCUCAUGGGACAGAAAGAUGACCUGAACUGCCAGCUCCAGGAGUCAUCGCGGGCCAAUAGUCGGCUGCUGGAACAACUCCAGGAACUUGGGCAGGAGAAGGAGCAAUUGAUCCAGGAACUACAGGAGGCUCGGAAGAGUGCUGAGAAGCGGAAGGCCAUGUUGGAUGAGCUGGCCAUGGAGACACUGCAGGAGAAAUCCCAGCACAAGGAAGAGCUGGGAGCAGUGCGACUACGGCAUGAGAAGGAGGUGCUGGGAGUGCGGGCCCGCUACGAGCGUGAGCUCCGUGAGCUGCACGAAGACAAGAAGCGGCAGGAGGAGGAGCUGCGUGGGCAGAUCCGUGAGGAGAAGGCUCGAACGCGGGAACUGGAGACUCUUCAGCAGACAGUAGAAGAACUUCAAGCUCAGGUACACUCUAUGGAUGGAGCCAAGGGCUGGUUUGAACGGCGCUUGAAGGAGGCUGAGGAAUCUCUGCAGCAGCAGCAGCAGGAACAAGAGGAAGCCCUCAGGCAGUGUCGGGAGCAGCACGCCAGUGAGCUGAAGAGCAAGGAGGAGGAGCUACAGGGUGUGCAGGAGCAGCUCCGACAGGCCCAGGAGGAGCGGGACUGUCACCUGAAGACCAUCAACAGCCUGAAGCAGGAAGUGAAGGACACAGUGGAUGGGCAGCGAAUCCUGGAAAAGAAGGGUAGUGCUGCGCUCAAGGACCUCAAACGGCAGCUGCACCUAGAGCGGAAACGGGCAGAUAAGCUGCAGGAGCGGCUGCAAGACAUCCUAACGAACAGCAAGAGCCGCUCAGGGCUCGAGGAGUUGGUUCUCUCAGAGAUGAACUCACCAAGCCGGACCCAGACUGGGGACAGCAGUAGCGUCUCCUCCUUCAGCUACCGCGAGAUCUUGCGGGAGAAGGAGAGCUCAACUGUUCCAGCGAGGUCCUUAUCCAGCAGCCCUCAGGCCCAGCCCCCACGGCCAGCAGAGCUGUCAGAUGAGGAAGUGGCUGAGCUCUUUCAGCGCCUGGCAGAGAUGCAGCAGGAGAAAUGGAUGCUGGAGGAGAAGGUGAAGCACCUGGAGGUGAGCAGUGCAUCCAUGGCAGAGGACCUCUGCCGGAAGAGUGCCAUCAUUGAGACCUACGUCAUGGACAGCCGGAUUGAUGGUUCCACCUCGGGAAAUUUUCAUUCUCUGGAUGCAUAACCUUUUUAGGGUCCUUCCCUCCUCCCUGCUCUUCCUCCCCUCUCCUCCUUUCUCCUCUUCCUUCCCCCACCCCCAUAUUUGUUUCUUUUGUCCCUUUCUUUCAGACCUUCUCCUCUGCCUGUUUUAUUAAACCUUAAUCAGAACAAUACCACUUGACACGUGCUGAGAGCUGACUGUGUUGCACACAGUCAUAGGCAUUUUUGCAUGUGUUAGUUCUUAUUCUGAUUUCUCAGGGCUGCACAGCUAGUAAAUGAAACCAGGGUUUCACAUGGCAAAGCCUCUGCCCCUCCAUUAGGUUUCUCCACCCAUUCUUCUCCCCCACUCCCUGUUUCCCUCUUUCCUUUUCUGUCUCUGUCCAUCUUGGCCAAGGGGGUGGUUCUUAGCUUGGGUCCUUGCAGAUGUAUCUGUGGCAGCAGGCCACACAGACCGCAGCGGGCUGGGCAGCGUCCUGAGAGACCUAGUGAAGCCAGGUGAUGAGAACCUUCGGGAGAUGAACAAGAAGCUACAGAACAUGCUGGAAGAGCAGUUGACCAAGAAUAUG